AUGGAGACAAUUCGAGAUACAGCUUUCGGCAAGCUAGUGCGGCUCGGUAGUCGAUACAGGUGGAUGCAAUAUCCAGAAGAGCGUGAUACUUCAGUAUGGCCUGAGUAUCUCAAGACAGAGCCGGAAGCAAAAGAAGAAGAGGAGGCUUCCACGCCGGUGACUGAGAACGAAAACCCCGAGGAUCUGGAGACUUUCGGCCUCUACACAGUAAUGUCUCAGUGCUCGAAUCGAUCAAGGCGCAUGUCUACAGUAUCAACUCUUGGUGGUGGAAGGAAUAACUCUUUGCAAAUCAAUCAAUCGUUGGUCAUUAGCUGGUGCGGGCCUAACGAUCCCGAGAACCCACAAAACUGGAGCAAAACAAAGAAGAUGUUCGUCAGCAGCUUAAUUUGGCUACUCACAUUCGCGAUUUAUGUGGGUUCUGCUAUCUACACGCCUGGUAUUCCAGGCGUCGCCGAACAAUUUGGCGUGAGCACUGUUGCCGCCACCCUCGGUCUGACCCUAUUUGUGGCAGGCUACGGCGUAGGACCCAUGAUUUGGUCACCACUUUCGGAAAUCCCCAUCAUCGGCCGCAGCCCAACAUACGUGCUAACCCUUUUCGUCUUCGUCUUCUUCAAUUUUGGCGUCAUAUACGCAAAGAACUUUGGGAUGUUUCUUGCAUUCCGAUUUCUCACAGGCUUCAUUGGAUCGCCAGCUUUAGCCACCGGUGCAGCCUCUAUGGGCGAUAUGUGGAGCCCCAGGACGCGUGAUUAUAUGAUUGGAGUCUGGGGCAUGUUCGCCAUUUCCGCACCAGUCCUGGGUCCAAUGCUAGGUGGCUUCGCCUCUUCAGCGAAGGGCUGGACGUGGACUAUCUGGCAACUGCUGUGGGUUUCAGCCUUCACAUUCGUUUUGUUAUUCUUCUUUCUCCCGGAAACCUUCGCACCUAAUAUACUUGCUCGUCGGGCCCGGCGAGUACGUCGUAUUACGGGAAAUUCGCAGUAUAUGUCCGAUUCUGAGAUCGAGAUUAAAGAAGUCAGACCGAUGGAUGUUAUUUUUGAAUCCCUCGUGCGACCUUUUCAACUCUGCUUCCUUGAACCGAUCGUCCUACUACUCAACCUCUACAUAUCGCUCAUAUACGGCAUCCUGUACAUCUGGUUCGAGGCUUUCCCAAUAAUCUUCGGAGAAAUUCAUGGCUUUAACCCGGGCGAAACCGGACUGGCAUUCAUGGGAAUCCUAGUCUCAACCUGCUGCAUAACCAUCCCGGGCUACUUCUACUGGAAAUAUCGAUACCAAUCGCAACAUUUCGAUAAAAACGGGAACAUCGCGCCGGAAAUGCAAAUGCCGCCAGCCUGUGUCGGUGCAUUUGCCCUGCCAAUUUCACUUUUCUGGUUUGGCUGGACAGGCAAUUUCGAGAGCGUCCAUUGGAUUGUGCCGAUCAUUGCUUCUAUGCUCUUCGCGGUGGGUGGCUGUCUGAUUUUUAACUGCAUCUUUUGUUAUCUUGCACAUGCUUAUCCGAAAUAUGCGGCUUCUGUUCUUGCUGGCAAUGAUUUCAUGCGAUCAUCGUUUGGAGCCGGGUUCCCGCUGUUUGCAACGGCCAUGUUCCAUAAUUUGGGGGUUGGUUGGGCAUGUACUCUGCUGGGGUGUUUGACGCUUGUCUUCGUGCCUUUCCCUUUUAUUCUUUUGUGGAGGGGACGGAGGAUUUCGGAUGGCGAGUAA